CGCUGCGCUGUGUGUGUGCGGAGGGGAUGGGCAGUUUGCGGACCCUGGUGUUCGUGUGUGUCGGGUGGAGCUGCUGCGGUCUGGGCUUCUCGGAGGCGCUGAGGGAGGGUCUCCGCGGACUGAGUGGGAUGUCCGGUCCGGGCGGCGGGAGGGGGGACCCCGUCACCCCCAGGAAGCCCCCCAGCCCCAAAGCUUCGGGUCUGCUCCGGGACACGGUGUCGGAGCACAUGUUGAUGCUCUACACCAAGUACAAGGACUCGGGCUAUCAGCUGAAGGAUGGAAACACGGUCCGCAGUUACAAAGCACAUUUGGGAAAUAUUGGAGAUAAAGCACUGUACAUCUUUAAUCUGACCUCCCUGACAAAAUCUGAAGAUGUCUUGUCCGCCACAUUGCAUUAUUUUGUAGGUGAUCUCGUUAAUAGUAGUGGCAUUUGCCCUUAUGCUAAAGGCUGCAGUCGUUAUUUACACCGAAAACAAGUCAACGUUCAUCUUUCAAUCUGGGGUUUUGCCUCUGCUGGCAAUGAAACCAGAACUCUGGGUCACUACAUGAUCAAUACGUCCACUCUCUACAGAGACUUUCUCUCUUGGCAAUGGAAGGACAUCACACAAGUGGUCAACAAUGCAAAAUUAAACGAUGACCUUUUGAUUGGAAUUGAGAUCACUUCAACUGUUCCGAGAUCUUGGAAACAACUCCUUUCAAACCGAUCCCCUUACAUCUUGGUGUAUGCAAAUGACAAUGCAAUUUCCGAACUGGACACUGUGGUGGGCACACUGCAAAAACAACAGGGCUCCUUUGUCGCCAUUUUGGCAAAUUUAGGAAUGUCAGUGACUGACAGGAUACCUGAAACCAGAAAGAAACGAUCGACGCACCUACUCAUGCCAUUGCACAACAAUGAAUUGCCUGGUGCAGAAUAUCAGUACAAUGAGGAUGCUACAUCGGCAGCUCGGAGGCCAUACAAAAAGAUACAUCGUCGGCCAGCAGACAGACAGAGGAAAGGAAGACAGCGGAAGGGGAGCAGACAGAAACCGCAGACUCUUCAGUUUGAUGAGCAGACAUUGAGGAAGGCCAGGCGGAGACAGUGGAUUGAGCCUAGAAACUGUACCCGACGUGAUCUGAUAGUGGAUUUUGCAGACAUUGGCUGGAAUGAAUGGAUAAUCUCUCCCAAGUCAUUUGAUGCCUACUACUGUGCAGGUGCUUGCCAGUUCCCAAUGCCACAGUCUUUAAGACCUUCAAACCAUGCUACGAUUCAGAGUAUAGUGAGAGCAGUUGGUGUUGUCCCAGGGAUUCCCGAGCCGUGCUGCGUGCCCGAAGAAAUGUCACCAAUCGUCAUCCUGUUUAUGGACGAGAAUGAAGAUGUGAUUCUCAAAUCCUACCCGAACAUGAAGGUGGAGUCGUGUGCCUGUAGAUAACUGCCACAGUGUGAGGACUGAGUCUGGAGUUGCACUGCUGGAAUUUGUGUUUCUUUUGUUUGUUUUUUUCAUUUUGAAUGAGAAAAGGACAUUUUGAUUAAGUCUUCCAUCAAAUGAAAACUGAAUGGUGCCCUUCUAUGAAAGGAAUUAAAGAAAUAAUUUAUCCUGCUCUUUAUGGAACUUUAUCACCUGUGUUAAAAAAAUGCAGUUCUUUGAAUGGACACUAGCAAAUACUCAGGAUUCUGAGAUCGACAUCUUUUCAGUCCUUAAUGACUGGUAAAUACAAAAUAACAUAGCACUUCAACAGAUAUUGUGUUUUACGGGCUAUUAUGCAGUUUGAUUCUCUUAUUCCCACCAAAAAAAAUUGUGCAAUGAGCAUUUAUCAUAAUGGGUCACUCUUCAUUGCAGUACAAACUUAGGUAAACUUACAAACUCAGCCUUUGAAAUAUAAAGUAGCUUUUGAACCAAAUGCAAAACUAUUUCUAGUAAAAGAUUUUUCAUUUUAUUUGUUGAAUUACAUGAACACAGAAAUGUUCUAUAUCUGAUAUGUUGUUUAAUGUUAUAACAUUUGUGGUCAACCUCAUGCAACAUUUCAAACUGAUGAAGAAGUUCAUACUCAACAGGCAUUGAUUCAGAAAUAUUCAUUGCAGCCAGGUUCAAACAGGCAAACCAUAUCCAAUGGUGCCAGCGCUGUCUUCAGGAAAGGUCUGGGAGCCAAUCCAGCAAUAAUGGAAUUGAUGGUGAGUCAGUCACUUGUGUCACACACCUCUUCACCCUGAAUUGAAUUCAAAUCCAUUCACCUCCCUACCUCUCCGACCCCCUCACUCCCCAAUCCACUACCCAGCACCUCCUGCUCGUCCCUCGCACCCUCCGCCUUACCAUCAGAGGUCGCGCUUUCAGCCACUAUUUCCCCAAACCCUGGAACACUCUCCCUCAAUCCCUCCGCCUUGCCCCCUCUCUCCCCUCUUUCAAUGCAUGCCUGAAAACUUUCCUCCUCAACUGUACUUAUGGCCACCUCGCCUCGGCUCGGAGUCAGGCUACGCCAUUGUUAAGCGCUCUGAGACCCUCCCCUGUGUGCAGGGCGCUAUAUAAGUGCAAGUUGUUGCUGUUGAAGUGACGCCAUUUAACUGGCUCAUGUUGUACUCUUUACCACAAGUCAGAAAAGCAGCAAAGAUAACUCUGAGGCAUGAUACCUACUUACACAACACUAUCAGAUCUGCAAAAAGUAUCCAUCGCAUUCACUCUAAUAAAGUAUAGUCUUGCUCAUAUGAAAAAA